AGAAAAUAAAUCAGCUGGUGUCCCUGAGAUGUUCCUGCCAACAGCCUCCACAGCGUCCUGAAGGGCUCUUUCUCUUCUAGUGACACGGUCUCUUCAGCUAGGUAUGUCCAAUGAAGGAAUAUAUGUGCUGUCAUCAUUUCUUUCGUGAUCGAAAGUGACACACUUGAUAGAAGAGGCAUGGUGUACCUUGCAGUUAAUAGGAGCAUUUAAGAAAAUAUGGGCAAAGAUAACUAGAGCUGAAGUCUGUUGUGAAUGAUAAAGCUCCACAGGUCGAUUGAGUGCUCAAGAUGUGGACAGAAUGGCUGGGAAAAGGGAGACAUUUAGCUGUUUGUCAUGGCAGAAUGUGGAAAAUAUGACAGCAAAAGCACUGUUUUCAUAUAACAUUGCAACAGCAUUUCUGUCUUUAAUUAUUGCAAAGAAAUGUGAAGCCUAUGAUGUGAUGUUGAGGCAAAAUCUUGUACCUGAUGGGCAGCCUCUUGUUAUUAAAUGUUCACUGGAAAGGAGCUUGAAAAGUGGAGACUACAACUUAACAUGGUACAAAGUUGGAAACCAGACACCUGUGCCUAGAGACAAGCUGUCUAGAGUUCAUCAGCAGAAGAAUUUUAUUUUGUUUCUUCCUGCAAUGUUAGAAGAUUCUGGAGAUUAUGAAUGUGUCAUAAGGAAUUUGACAAGCUGCAAGAAAAUGCGUACAAAAGUAACAGUUUUUGAAAGGAGUGAUGGUUUAUGCUUAAAUGAAAAAUUUGCUGUAGAGGAGGUGAUAUCCACAUCAUAUUCUGCAAAGGUCGUGUGUCCCCACUUGGAUUAUUUCAGGAAAGAGAAGAAUAUUCAGCCAGUUCGAUGGUAUAAGGACUGCAAGCUGCUGGAGGGAAAAAGGUUUGCCCUUUCAAACAGUGACCUUAUAAUUUUCAAUGUGACUGUACAUGAUGGAGGAAACUAUACAUGUGAAACAACAUAUACCUACAAUGAGAAACAAUAUAACAUUUCACGAGAUAUCAGUCUGGUUGUAGAAGUGACCGCACCAAAAAAGCCUCCAGAAAUAACUUACCCAAGAAACAACUCCAUUGAAGUGGAACUUGGCUCACAGGUUACUGUGGAUUGCAAUACAACAGGUGCUGAUGGGUAUGAGGUGUACUGGACAGGCAACGGUGUGUAUAUUGAUGUAUUUUAUAUGAGCAGAAUUUUUGCAAGUCCCUAUGAGGAAGAAACUUCUUACGAUGGGCGCCCUAUACAUUCUCUGAAGCUGAUAAUUUCAGAAGUGAGCAGUGAAGAUUAUGAACAGCCUUUUGUCUGUCAAGCUUCAAAUGCCUUUGGGCAAGUUGCAUCCUAUAUUAUAUUAAAACACAGAGUUCCUGACAUACGAAGUUGGCUAACUGGAGGACUCGUCUCUUUGCUGAUUUUGACAUUUAUUACUUUAAUAAUCUACAAGAUUUUCAAGAUUGAUUUGGUGCUUUGGUACCGUAAUUCUGUCUGUGCCCUUACAAGUAAGGAAGAUGGGAAAAUCUACGAUGCAUAUGUCCUGUACACAAAAGGCAGUGAAAGCAGAAGUAUCUGUUGUCUGGAAACCUUUGUUCGUAGGAUACUCCCAGAUGUUUUAGAAAAACAAUGUGGAUAUAACCUUUUCAUAUUAGGAAGGGAUGAUUUACCAGGAGAAGCUGUGGUCAGUGUUGCUGAUGAAACCCUUAAGCAAAGCAGAAGAUUGAUGAUUAUUUUGGGAUCAGAAACAUCUAGGUGCUGCCUGUUAGAAGACUCCUCUGAGCAACAACUAGCUAUGUAUAAUGCUCUCAUCCGUGAUGGAAUUCAAGUGAUUCUUAUAGAAAUGGGUGAAAUACAGGACUACACAAGCAUGCCAGAAUCAAUCAGAUACAUUAAGCAAAAACAUGGAGCCAUUCAAUGGAAAGGGGACUUCUCAGAGAAAUCUUGUUCAGCAAAUACAAGGUUCUGGAAAAAUGUGCGCUAUCAAAUGCCAUCCAGGAAAAAGGUAUCUUAUUCUCAAGUGCAUCUGUUGCCCCUAACUCGGAACAGUUCUGCAGCAAAGGGAAGUUAAGAAGCACUUAUUUAAAUAAUACUAAGAGGGUAAUUCUGAAUUGGAAUGUUUUUUGCAUAGUCUUUAUACUACAAAGUAGAUGUUUUCUUUGAGGAAACUGCUCAUCCCUUCCAUAAAUUACACCCUAAAAAAACAAAACCAACUCUGUGCAAUUUUAUUUCUGUUACAAGUUUUGGAUAGUGACACAAUUUGUUGUGUUAGUCUCCACCAAAUAUUAAAAAUAAACAUGGUGAUGGUGAUAGGCUAUUAAGUAGCUGUGGUCCACAUAAAUAUUGUAUGAAGAAAUAGCUGUGAAGUCCAUUCUUAAAAAAAUCAAAACUGCAGUUGAAAAAUUAAAAGUCUAUCAUCAGCAUUUUCCUUGUCAUUCUGUUCCAAUUCUUAUUGCCCCUCCAUGAUUGUCUGAUUUGCUUAUAGCUGCAAGAAUCUGCUCUGUGCAAGCUUUGUCUCCUGAGCAACAGAUCUUACCCUUGCUUCUUAAAAGGGUUGGGGAAAUCCAUGACAUAACAGUAUAAUUUAAAACUCAUCACAACACUAAAUGUGUUUCUGCUGAACAGUUGGUACCAAAUGUGUUCAGCAAAUGGAAGGGAAUGAAAUCUGUGGAUUUUUAGACUGUUGAACAAUUCUGUGGUAUCUGGUAUAUGUUUUCUUUUUAAACUAUGUAAUGCUUAGGAAACUGAAAAUAGUUUGUAUUUCUUGAGAAUGGGAAGCUUUCUAGACUGUGCUGCUGCUCUGGAAACCAGAUGUUCUCAUGCUGUGUCUCAGCUCUGCUAACUGCAUGCGCAGAAAUUCACUGAGAAUCUAUCAAAGAACUGUGCUUGGGUUGGGUAUCCUGGAGAGUGGAAAGUGGCCAGUUCUGGAACAUGACCAAAUUCUAAUGGCAAGAAACAGUAUCUCAUCUACUUGUGAGAGAAAAAGUAAGAGGCAUAUGGCUGUAUCAAACUGCUUGAGAGUAGCUUGGUAUUUCUGGACCCCAAUCCACUUUUGUGCAUCAUUGUGAGAAAAUGACAUGCUGCUUCCUUUUCAAGGUGGUCUGAAGCAGCAGGAGUUUUUAUGCUCCAGCCUUGAAGAACAUCAUCUGAAUGCAAAUAAGAAUUUUGCUUGCUUUUUUAAAAAUUAUUUUCUGAAGUUAUGUAGGUUCUAACAUCGUGUUUAUUGCCAGGAUAGCGUCUGUCAUGGAAUUCCUUUCAGCUGGUUCUCAGAGGUAUAUGUAUCUAGAAUAUAUUCUUCAUUGGGCUGUAUUGAUGGGAAAGAAAGCAAAAUCUAGGAGUGAAAACAUAUAAUCAAAGGGAAAGAUUUCCAAUAGCAUUUCAUGGUACUUUUUUCUAUGUAAAGGUGUGGUAAAUACUCCUUAGGAGCAGUGUCUCUUUCUCCUGGCUGUGGGGUUCACAGGCAUGUAAUUUUCCACAGCCUUUGCUGACUAAAGUUAAUUUGAGGUGUCACCAGGAAAACUGGGAGCAGAAUAGAUCCAUCAGGUGAGGUACUGUUGUCCUAGUAGAUGUUGAAUUCAUAUUUUUCAGAAAUUAAUAAUAUUUAGGCUGGAACAUUUAAAAAAUAAAUUUAGGGACUUAGAGAAUUCAGAUAAUCAUAAUUGUCAAAUUUUUACAUUGUGUUGAGACUUAGCUUUCUCAAAAAAGUAUUUAAAAUUAAUUUCCUUCCUUCCUUUUUAAAAUUUGUGUUUUAAAACAGAACC